GAAAAGUAUCUAUAUCAAUUAAUACUAACCAAGGCGGUAGUAAUAAUAAUAAUGACAGAAAAAACGUGCGGUCAGAAAAUAACUUAUCUCAGGGCGCUGUGUCCAUGUUUGACAACACCAAAUUACAAAAUAACAAUCGUUUUCAGAACUUUGGUACAAGAGAUCAGUUGAGUGCUCAAAAUCGCAAUGUUUUUGACCGGCAAAGUGGUAAUAAUUUUGACGGUCAGAGCCAAGACCCACAUAAUUUUUUAACACCUGUUAACCCAGAGCCAUUCAAUCAGAAUGGUGUUGAUCACAACAGUAAUCAUUUUAAUGAUCCUGGUUUAAAAGACCACCACACAGACGUUCACAAUAACCAUCAAAAUACACCGACAUUUUUGGCAUCAUCAGCACAAAACAAAAACCAAGCACACUCACCUAAUAACAAUGAACAAACUUCAGGUUUAAGUUCACAACAGAACACACAAAUUGAUCAGUUUGCGCCAAACAGUAAUUUCGUUGGACAUCAAACAUCUGCACAGAGUAAUUCACAUACGCAAAUGAACAAUCCAGAUCUUCUAAAUGAUCAAAACAUUGCAAAGCUACAAAAUAAUCAGUUGUCAGGUUUGACAAUACAUGAUAUUUUUCCAGGAAUGCAAAUGGGGAAAAACCAACAAAUACUAAGACCAUUAUCAAAUCCAGUAAAUGAAUUUCCAUCACAACAUACGCACAAUGAUAAUUUCAACCAACCAAAUGGAAACUCGUUUCAAAGUAAUAGCAACUUUCAGAACAUAAACCAACAAAGCAUACAAACUGCUAGCCCUAAAAUUGAAAAUAUACAAAGCACUCAAACUGGUACCCCUAAAAAUGAAAAUCUACAAUCACUUCUUCAACAAGUUAUUACAAAAUUACUUGCAGCCAAUAACAAUAUUGGCGCUGCACCAGUCAUUACACAACCUGUCACUCAUGACAUACCACCUUCAUCAAAUAACAAUAAUGACUUAUCAUCAUUGGGAAAUAGUUUAUCAUCUAACCUUAACACAAUGAAUAUAUUACAACAGACACCAAGCACUAGCACAGGAAUGGAUAAUAGUCACAUAAAUCCGAUUGGCGGCAUACAACCUCAGAAACAAGCAAAUACAUUACAACAGUCACCAAGCACUAGCACAGGAAUGGAUAAUAGUCACAUAAAUCCGAUUGGCGGCAAACAACCUCAGAAUCAAGCAAAUACAUUACAGUCACUUUUGAAGAAUUUAUUACAAAAAACAUCAGGUUCAGGUGGACUAGCAGUAAAUAAAAAACUAAUUCAUACUACUCAAAACAUGAUAGGAAACAAACAACAAGCACCAGGUUCAGGGAUAGCAAACCAAAACCAACUGAAUUCUAUCCAAAACAUGAUAGGAACAAUGCAACAAACACCAGGUUCAGGUGGACUGGCAAACCAACUUCAUUCUACCCAAAACAUGCUAGGAAACAAACAACAAGCACCAGGUUCAAGUGGACAGGUUGAAAAUCAAAAUCAAUUAACUCCUAUUCAAAACAUGCUAGGAACCAUGCAACUUACACCAGGUUCAGGUGGACAGGCAUCAAAUCAAAAUCAACGUCUUUCUAUUCAAAACAUGCUAGGAACAAUGCAACAAACACCAGGUUUAAGUGGACAACCAACAAAUCAAAACCAACUUAAUUCUUUACAAAACAUGCUGGAAACAAUGCAACAAACACCAACUUUAGGCGGACAAACAUCAAAUCAAAACCAAGUUCAUUCUAUCCAAAACAUGCUAGGAAACAUACAACAAGCGCCAGGUUCAAGUGGACAGACAGCAAACCAAAACCAACUGAAUUCUAUCCAAGACAUGAUAAGAAACAAACAACAAGCACCAGGUUCAAGUGGUCAGGCAACAAAUCAAAACCAACUUAAUUCUAUCCAAAACAUGCUAGGAACCAUGCAACAAACACCAGUUUUAAGUGGACAGGCAUCAAAUCAAAACCAAUUUCAUUCUAUCCAAAACAUGCUAGGAGGCAUACAACAAGCACCAGGUUUGGGUGGACAGGCUGACAAUCAAAAUCAACUCCUUUCUAUUCAAAACAUGCUGGGAACCAUGCAACUUACACCAGGUUCAAGUGGUCAGGCAACAAAUCAAAACCAACUUAAUUCUAUCCAAAACAUGCUAGGAACCAUGCAACAAACACCAGGUUCAGGUGGACAGACAGCAAAUCAAAACCAACUUCUGACUAUGCAUAAUAUGUUAGGAAACAAACAAAACAAUGUUCCAUCUAUGUCUACAACUAACUUUGCAACAAAACAGCAACAAUUUACAGGACAACCAGCUACAAUUUCAAAUUCAAAAUCUAAUCCUCAAGACAAUUUGUCAGUACUGCUGCAAACAUUACUUAAGCAAAACAACUUAGGAACCAACACUAAUCAGGAUUUGCAGAAUAGUAAUCAACACUUUGGGCUGAAUGGAUUACUAUCAAACGCUAACAUGGUUCCGCAUACCAACAUUAACCAACAAAAUAACCCUAACACUUUAAAUACACCAACCGACACGAAUCUUGCAACGGCACAAAGAAUUGUUAAUAUACAAAUGCAAAACGCUUUACAGCCUCACGACUUCGGAUUAAGUGGAGGUCAUGACAUAAGUCACAUCAAUACAUUUGGUCAUUCGACCAAUAAUUUGGCAGCACAAAUGAAUCCAAACAUGCUCAACAUACACAAUUUAUUACAGGGAAAUCCACUUUUGCAAAGCAUUGCAUCAACACAGAAUCAAGGUCGUAAUAUGUUAAUUGGUCAUAAUCUACCACAAAAUAACAUGCUGAGUAACAUGAUGGUAAUCCCUAUCACAAACAACCUGCAAAAUUCACUUAACAAUAACCAAGGCUUACGCCAAUUAUUACAACGUAACAUUCAACAAAUAUUAAUGAAGCAGAACAAUCAAAUUGUGGGAGCACAAGGAUUUUUAGGCCUUAACAAUGCAACUAAAUCUUUCCCCAACAAUCAACUAGCUCCAAGUGAUGUGGUUAUUGAUAAUACAACCAGAAAUAGUACCGGUACAACUUUCACACCUACUAGCAUUAAAGUUGGAGCUAUACAGACAUUAAAUUUGACAGUGAAUCCCACGAAACCAUCAUUGUUCUCAACGUUUGAGACUUUCUUCCCGACUAAACAAGUACUUGUGGAUACUCAUGGGAGUCUGCCAAUGGAAACUUUAAAUACUUUGCCAACUAAACACGUUCUGGAUACUCAUGGGAGUAUGCCAAUAGAAACUUUAAAUACUUUGCCGACUAAACACGUAUUGGAUACUCAUGGGAGUAUGCCAAUGGACACUUUGAAUACUUUGCCAACUAAACACGUUUUGGAUACUCACGGAAGUAUGCCAAUGAAAACAUUAAAUACUUUGCCGACUAAACACGUACUUGUGGAAACUCAUGGAAGUAUACCAAUAGACACUUUAAAUAAUUCAGUUGCAAUAAUUUACCACCCAAAUGCUACAACAGUUAAUAUUGGAAAUAACUUCGGCACUCUGAUGGAUAACAUAACAUCAACAAAUAACACAGGAAGUGAAAUAUAUAAUCUAACCAGAGACUUGAAUACAACUGCUAAUAACAACGUGACAUUUAUGUCUAACACUUCAUUUAUUGGCAUUGCUACUUAUACUAAUCUAACAGCAAAUCUUAAUGAUGUCAUUAAUUAUACUAAUAUGACAGAUGUCUUGUCAAAUGCUACGUUAACAUCUAAUGCUACAAAUGCUACGAUAACAUUAAAUGCUACAAAUGAUAUCGUUAAUAGUACAACAUUAUAUAAUACUAAUGUUUCUUCUGUGAAUAUAAGUGAUGUCCUACCGACAGCACCAGUUGUGCCUGUGUCAUCGACGAGUGCAAAGCCACACAUUAUCGAUAUCAGUGUAUCAACAACAACGAAACCAUCACCAUUGGACAUAUUAGGACCAAAUGGAAGAUUAACAAGCACAUUGAAGAAAAGCUUAGGAAUCAAGAAUGUAGACAAAGCAACUUUGAAAGGCCUAAUUUCUAACGUCCUUCGUGAUCUGUUCAAACAAAACUUCAUUGAUCCUGUGAAGGGCACACUGAAAGCAUCACUAAAUUAUACAACGAUGUUGAAUAGUGUUAAAAAAGUUCUGAUGAAAUCAAAAAACAAAUUAUUAAAACUCAGACAGCAAGUUGCUAUUUCGCCUGCCAAGAUGCAAGGUAUUCUGAAAAGUAGGGGACUUGACGUUGGAUCAAAACAUUUACAGCACGUUAGAAGCAUGUCUCCAUCACCUUUGCCUGUUACAAAAUUCGUAACAACACAACCAUCAAUCAUUAAACAACCUACACUAGAAGCACCAACACCAGCUCAGCUCAUCGUUGACAGUGUCGGAAAUCAUGGCGUCAUUACGAAUCAACAUUUUGGACCUACUCUAGGAGGAGGUGUUGCUGUUUGGUAUUCAAAGCCAUCUAAAGCAAGCCCUUUAGUCGGUAGUGGGAGCCUUAGUCAAUAUCAUCAGACUAAUCAUUUAUCCAAUCAAGUCAUACAAUCAUCUGGAGAUUUUUCUGUCAAUGGGAUGGCAGCACCAUCUGACAUUAAUGCAAUACCUGUGACGUCACCGGAUCAUGCUGUCUCUCUUUUCGCAACUUCUAAUCCCAUAGGAUUUAAUGACUUAUUAAAUCCUGUAACACAUAUUCCAAAUAUCAUGACAACAGUAUCAUCAAUGCAGCCUCAAAACCACGUAUCAGAUCCAACACUUCAAUUUAUGGCGAUGUCAACACCAACGUCGCAGAUAUCUAAUUUAGGAUGGAACAUCGUGUAGAGAUCUUCUACCAUACUGUCUUCUCCCACAGGCAGCUUAACGGGACCAGGUGGUGUUCCAGUAUUUAUGCCAAGUUCCGUAUAACGGAAGUCCUAUUCGGUAGGACUUGGGACUGAGUCUACAAAUCAAAAAGGACGACAACAAUGAAAGAUGAAUUCGUUGUUUGGGAAAUCAUUUCACCAACAUCUACAAAUAAUAACUGUAACAAUCUCUUGUUGUUUUUCGAUGUUGAAGCAUAUACUUUAUUCCAUUUCAAAUUGUAUAGUAUCUUUUAAGAGACAAGUUAUUUAAUAUUCACACAAAUGCAAACAAUAAGCAAAUAGUGUAUUUGCCAAUAACUGAUUUAAUUCUGAUAUUCCAGAUUUUUAAUCAAGUUGCUUCGCUUUGCCAAAUUUAGAUGGGUUCUAAUGUAACACAACUACUAAAAAAGAUUACAUAUACUACACACCACUAGAUUUGCUUUUCCUGCUAGUUCAUAGUCAAUGAAAUGUAUGUCCUUUCUAAGGGAAACAACUUGUACGCCUGGUCUCUAAUUAGAGAGUCAAUGACGGAUUUGACAUAUAAGCUGUCAUAUUGGAGAUAAGACCUAUUUGAACAUCGUAAUACCAACUUUAUAUCUAAAUAUGUAAUCGUAGCAAACAAUUUGUUGGUUCAUUAAGUCUUCAGUUAUAUUUCGUAGUGAGUGGAAUUGUUAAAUCAGGUACUUUUGACAUACUAUAUAUCAAUAUGUUUUUGAUAAAUGCAUUACCCAGAACUAAUUUUCUUUUUGUUACAUUUUGUUUGAAUAUCUUUAGGAAUGUUAUCAUGAUUAACGUAUUUUCAUGUAUAACUGCAAUUAUGGAACUGUUUAAAAAGGGUAUGCAGGACCAAAUACCAAGAUGUGCAAUUAUCUGUAAUAUGAAUUUAUCAUGUUCAAUAAGGAAUAUGAUGAAUAGUCUACUUAUAAGUAUCAAAAAUGCAUAGUUUGUUCAUCAUUGUGUUAAAUAUUUGUACAAAUAUCAUGUCAUAUUUAUAAUAAAACAUUUGUUCGUA